GCCCUGUUAGGCUCCUUGGAAGCUUUGGCUGAGGCGGCUUCACAGCUGAUCCUCGCGAGUGAAGUUGAGGAGGCUGUUCAGCUGCUCGAGCAAGCCUUUGCGGAUGUGGAGUCAGACGACCAAAUGGAUGAGGUGGCCCUGGCAAGGGUCGGUGUGCAAGUGCUCUUGUGUGCUGGCCUGUCGCAGGCUGCGCGGCAUCCAGAAGCACUGGACGUGGCUCAAAACGCCUCGGAGGCGGCCGACUUCGUCGUGUCUGAGCUCUAUGAGAAGGCUCGGAGUCCUUCGAUCGACUCGGACAAGGGCAGCCAAGUCUCACGCACCAUGCUGGAGCGUGCGGUUGAGAUCGCUGUCCAGGCGAGACAGUGCCAGGCUCUGGAGCUGGAGUACACAGGGCCAAGGGGUGCGAGCAAGAUGGAGUUCUGGGAGCGCUUGCGACAACUGCACGAGCAGAGUCUGUCGCUA